GGGCCGGGCAACCCGUGACUCGGCCCGCUGGCCGCGCUCCGUCCCCGGACGCUCCGCUCGCCCCCCGGGGACCGGUGACACCUCCCCUCUCCCCCGCCCCCCGCCAUGGAGGAGGUGGACAAGAUUCUCAUCCGCUCCCUGCGCUUGGCUGGCACGGCGGUGCCCCCCGAGGUGCAGAGCCUGCGGGAGUUCAGCACGGAGCUCAUCGUGGAAUCCGUGGUCCGCUGCCUCCGCGUCAUCAGCCCCUCGCUGGGCUCCGGCCUCAGCCCCCUGCUGCCCCCGGGCAUGUCGGCUCGCUUCCGCAUGGGCAUGGGGUUGGCCCAGGCCUGCACGGAGCUGGGCUACCCCAGGGAGUUGGGCUACCAGAGCUUCCUGUACUCCAGCGAACCCGACAUCCGCCACCUGCUCAUGUUCCUGGCCGAGCGGCUGCCCCGCGACGCGGCCGAGGACGCCGACCAACCCGCGGGCGAGCCCGCGGUCUUGCGCCGGGCCAUCGCCUCCCGCGUCAAGGAGCAGCUGGCGAUGCCCUGGGUGCCCCCGGCCUGCCGCGUCCCCCGCCUGCAGCGGGCGCAGGGCUCCUUCCCCCUGGAUCGUUUUCAUGCACAGCGGCUGGUCCUCCCUGAUGCCGAUGCCACCGGAGUCCCGAAAGAGGUGCGGGAAUUCCAGGGGGGCCGCUUCCUACCCCCCGUGCCGGUCCAGCCCGCCCUGCGGCCUUGGCGGGUGGCUUCGCUGCUGGAGUCCCACGCGGCUGAACUCAGUGCCCGGCAGGAGUGGGAGGCAGAGUGGAAGGGCCCGGGGCUCGCCUCCCGUCUCUCCCCGGAGGAGUACCAGAGGGGGAAGAGACAGCGGCUGCAGCGACGGUUGGUGGAGCAACUGAGGCAGAGCUGGGGGCGGGUGGCCCCCUCUGAGCGGGGCCUCCCUGGAGCCCAGGACCUGGGGGAGCUGCUGCACUCUUGGAGGGCUGGGGGACCCCACAUCCCAGCGGGGAAGGGUUCCCGCUUCACUCACGCUGAGAGAUUUACCUUCCGACAGGAGGCCGAGGCCCCGGCCGGUCAGGCGCCGGUGACCGAUGCCCUCCUGCCGUCCAAGCGCUCCGAGCAGGACGUCCAGGCGGCGCGGGAGGAGGAGGCGGCUGCCCUGCAGCAACAGCUGGAGCAGGUGGGGCGGGCCAUCGAGGAGGUCGGGGACCACAUGAAGAAGCUAAACCUGAGCCUUGGGCAGGUUGAGGCCGAGAUCCGGGAGAGCCAGUUGGGCGCGGCCGAACGGGAACAGCUGAUGCGGGUGAAGAAGCGGGCUGUGGACCUGCUGCCCGACGCCCACGUCAACCUGGCCAAGCUGCAGCUGGUGGUGGAGAACAGCGCCCAGCGGGUCAUCAACCUGGCCGGUCAGUGGGAGAAACACCGGGUGCCUCUCAUCGCCGAAUAUCGGCAGCUCAAGAAGCUGCAUGACAGGAGAGAGCUGGAGUCGUCCCGCCAGCUCCUGGAGAUCAAGGAUUUACACCAGCGCAUCCGUGGGGCUGCCGACGAAGCCAAGCGAAAGGAAGAGUUGUACAAGCAGCUGGCGAUGGAGCUGGAGAACCUGCCAAAGGACGUGUCCCGCUCUGCGUACACCCAGCGCAUCCUAGAGAUCGUGGGCAACAUCCGCAAGCAGAAAGAGGAGAUCACGAAGAUCCUCGCGGACACCAAAGAACUGCAGAAAGAAAUCAACAGCCUGUCAGGGAAGCUGGACCGCACCUUUGCUGUGACAGAUGAGCUUGUGUUCAAGGAUGCCAAGAAGGAUGAGGAUGUCCGAAAAGCUUACAAGUACCUGGCUGCGCUGCAUGAGAACUGCAGCCAGCUCAUCCAGACCGUCGAGGACACGGGCACCAUUAUGAGGGAGAUCCGAGACCUGGAGGAGCAGAUUGAAACUGAGACAGGAAAGAAGACGCUCAGCAACCUGGAGAAGAUCCUGGAGGAUUACAAGGCCAUCCGUCACGAGAACGCGGGGCUCCUGGGCCGGAUCCGGGAGACGUGAGGCUGGGGGAGCGGCAGGACCCCCGGGUCCCAGCCCGGAGCUGGCAGAGAGCAGGCUGCUCAGUGGACGGAGGACACCAGAGGAACAGAGUCGGAGCGCGGGGCCCGGAAGGCCGCCCCUCCUCCCUUCCGAGCACAGCUUGGGCCCCACCAGUCCCUGUCUCGGGGUGGGGGUCGGCUGCUGCAGUGCUGAAUCCGGCCAGUUGUCUCCCCCUCCCCCUUCCCCCCCAUUGUCCUUUCCGAGCUCUCUUUUGGGGCCGAGGGGGCCUCCUCAGAGGUUAAGAAGAAGGUGGGGGAGCAUACCGAGCCAGCCCCCGCUUCCCUCGGGGUGGAGGGCAGAGGGAGUCCCGGCCGGUCUCCUCUCGUCAGACUUCACCUCCACCUCCCCGCUCCCCUCCACGUCGUCUCACCGUCUCCCCGCCACAGCUCAGCCAGGAUGCUGAGCUAGCUUUUGUUGUCCGUGAGACACGGGCAUCCCCGGGGCGACUCCUUUUGGCUCCGUUUGGAUCCCUUUCUUCCUUCUGGCCGUUUUCUCCCCCCAACUCAGACUGAACACCCCCCACCCCGGCCCAAAACACAGGAAUCCCCUGGGUGUUUCCUGGAAACCACAGUUUAUUGCUGUCAGACAGUUCUUUAUCUCAGGGGGGCGCAGACCCCCAAUAAAUCACAGUUUCGUUUUGCAA